AUGGCCGAACCCAAUGCAGAGCUCGAAUGGCUUCCAGAAUACGACACUCUGCUCGAGAAAAUCGCGUCGACCGAUGAAGUAGACUCAGAUUGGGACAAACUACGUGACGUGAUUAAAUCCAAGAUAAGAAAGAACAUCUCAUUGUUCUUGUCAACAACCCAGAAGCCUCCCCAACCCGCCCCGUAUCUUCCGGCAAACACUGCUACGGGUGGCCUCAAAUUGCCGCCAUUUCUACCGCGGAAACUCAAUCAACUUCAUGGGAUCGAUCCUCCUGUUGGCUACAUGAACGAGCAGGAAGCGAACACGAUGAAAGAAAGCAUCUUCACCCAACUAGAUCAAUUCGAAGAGAGCCCACCUUUUACAAUCCAGCGCCUCUGUGAACUAUGCAUAGAACCCAAAAAGCAUUACAAGUCUGUGGGCAAGUACCUGAGGGCCGUCGAAAAGUCGAUACUCGUUACCUCAACCCAUGAAAGCUUCCCACCGUUGACACAAAACGAACUGCAAUCAUCUGGACGAAGCGCUAUUAUGCUAGGUUCUACGCUACAGUCCGCUCCCAGCACACCGCUAUUUUCACCAAUUCCUUUCCUCCAUGAUGAUGCGCGACGGUCGAAAUCACGCAGCCCUCCACCAACACUUGAAUUAGACCCCAAACCGAUUGGAAUGGUGGACGAGUUGGACUCCCCAAAUCCUGGCCACAUGAGCGAUCAUCCUACGGCUUUAUCCUCCACGACAACGGUUCCAGACACGACGACAACUUCCACCUCGAAACCUUUCCUUGGCAGCUUGGAGCAACGGUUCGUCAAGGCAGAAGACGCGAUGGACACAAGUGUUCCUCCAGCCGAAUCGGACAACAAUAUGGAGCUUGACGAGGACAAAGAGAAUACGAAGGCCUGA